AUGUACACCAUCCUCCAGCCACCACCGCAAAACUCCUACAGAACCCAUGCUGAAGAAAAGCCCACACCGAACACUAUCCACUACAUGCCGCAGCGUACUGACAGAACCAACGUCUUCCAUCCCUCACCGAGCCGUCCUGAGAACUCCAGCUAUGCCAACUUCACGUCCCAGUUCCGUCCACCGAUGAACCUUGCCAACGACUUCUUUUCCGGCAGAGACGAGCUUCGAGAGUACAAUUACGAAGACACGCCCGACAAGCUGCCAAGCCUGAACAAUGCCACACCAUCGACCUGGUCCGACGAUUAUAGCCCGUUGGAGCCGUGUGAAGUCCAACAGCCUGCCAAGUCUACGCCACACGAGUCCCUCCAAGAGCUAUUCCAGACCGUCACCCAGUUAGCCAGACAGAAGACGACCCGAGGUAGAAAGAGGAAGCAGCCCGAUUCCGACGACAUCGCACGACCUGCCGCCAAGAAACCACUAGCCUGCUCUGUCCCCGGUUGUACCACCAAAGUCGCCUCCAAGAAAGACCUCAAGCGCCACCUGAUGACGCACACUGCUCGAGAGUCGCCGUUCGAAUGCCAUAUCUGCCAGAAGCUAUUCAGCGCUAAAUCGACCCUGACCGUCCACAUGCGUAUCCAUACGGGAGACAAGCCAUACGAGUGUCAGUACUGCCAGCGUUCCUUCCGAGACUUCUCCACCUUCACUAAGCACCAGCGAACGCACACGGGCGAGCGGCCGUACACAUGCGCAGUCUGCGGGGUCGGGUUUACGCAGUCCGGGAACAUGAAACGUCAUUUCCUGUCCCAGCAUCAAGAGUACGACUUCUUCACCAAGAGUUAA